CUUUCUGAUUUGCUAAUUCUGACUGGGUUCCACUUUGGUGGGUUGUUCUUGUUUUGUGAUUUUAAGCAAUGGGUCUUGUCUUUUUCCCCCAUUUAUGGUGACAUUUUGCAAUUUUGAAUUCAAGAAAUGUUUAUGGUUGGGAUUGGGGAUAGGGUUGUUAGCAGAGUGGAUUUGAAGCAAAGCUGAAAGGAAUAAUAAGCAAAGUCUUCAAUGCUUUAAAAUGUUAUGAGUUUUUUCAGUUCUCUAACUUCCACUCCGGCAUAGAUACAAUUAGUUCAAGUUUUCUGUUUUUGCUUUCCUUGGUUUUAUGUGAGAAUUAGGAGAACUGUUUGAUGAGAAAAACCAAAUGAGUUUGUAAUUGCAUCAGGCAAUCUUUCUGAAUGAAUGUAUGGAUUUGUGGGCAGGGCAUAGUUGCAUAAGCUUGAAGGAGAUUCAUUGGGCUAUUGAGAUGGAAAAGAGAAAAUGGCUGUGGAAAAGGAAACCUUCUGAUAAGAGCUCUGGGGAAACUGAAAGUUCAGAUGAGCUGGAAACAUCGAAAGAAUCACCAGACCACGACAAGCAGUCACCCGAAGUUACCUCAAAACCUGCCUCCACAGACGAUGAAGUUAAGGAAAAUCUAAGAUGUCUGACAGCAAAGUUAUCAGCUGCCCUUGUUAAUGUUAGUGCCAAAGAAGACCUAGUUAAGCAGCAUGCCAAAGUUGCUGAAGAAGCUGUUGCAGGUUGGGAAAAGGCCGAGAAAGAGGUAGCUGCUCUAAAGCAGCAACUCGAGACAGCAGUACAGCAGAAUGUGACGCUAGAAGCUCGUGUUAGCCAUCUCGAUGGAGCUCUCAAGGAAUGUGUGAGGCAGUUGAGAAAUGCAAAAGACGAGCAGGAGCAAAGAAUUCAAGAAGCUAUAGACGAGAAAACGAUGGAAUGGGAAUCUAGCAGGGAUGCGCUUGAGAAACAGCUAGCUGAGCUCCAGUUAAAAGCGGAGGUUUCUGAAGCUGAAUAUCAUAAGUCUGUUGAUCACGAUAUUCUCCAAAAGCUCGAACGCCUGGAGAAAGAGAACACAACUCUCAAACACGAACUCCUUUCUCGAACCAAGGAGUUAGAAAUUAGAACCAUCGAGAGAGACCUGAGCACCCAAACAGCGGAAACAGCUAGCAAACAGCAACUUGAAAGCAUAAAAAAGUUCACUAGACUCGAGGCAGAGUAUCGAAGACUACAAGCACAGACUCGCAAGUUGUCCGUAGCCAAUGAUAAAAAAUCUUUUGCUGCUUCUUCAGAUAGCCAGUCUGAGAGCGGAGAGCAGAUAAAUAUAAUAGACACAGACUAUCACAAGAUGAGUAAACUCGAAACAAGCGAAUGUGAUCUGAGUGGCACAGACUGCUGGGCUUCGGCACUGAUUGCCGAGCUUGAUCAAUUUAAGAAUGGAAAGUCCUCGUCCAAAAACCUAGCAGCCGUCCCUGUGGAAAUUGACAUGAUGGAUGAUUUUCUGGAAAUGGAAAGACUUGCAUCACUAUCUGAGAGCAAGAACGAAAUAGCUGAUGUGGCACCCGAAGCUACCAUCUUCACCUCUUCGAGCAUAGAGAAUCCUUUGACGACAGAGCUUCAGACUAUGGUUCAACGAAUAACAGAACUAGAGCAGAAGUUAGAGACAGUCGAAGCGGAGAAAAUUAAACUGGGAAGUGCAUUGAAUGAUACUGAAGAUGCCCUUAAGGCAUCUCAGAUUCAGCUUAAGGAGGCAGAAAUCAGAUUGGAAGUGCUACAAAAGGAGCUAGCUGAAGCAAAUGAGUCCAAAGAAUUGCUAGAGUUUCAACUCUUUGGAAUGGAAGUAGAAGCUCGAGUAAUAUCUGCGAAUGUUGACUCUCUGAAGAACGAAGUUGAAAGAGAACGCUCCUUGUCUGCAGAUAUGGCACAGAAGUGCCAGGAUUUGGAGAACGAGAUGAGAAGAAAAGAUGAGAAAGUUGAGCUUCCUCAACCGUCUAGUUCAACCGACGAACUGAAAGUAAAGCAGGAAGAUUUAGCUGUAGCUGCUGACAAGCUUGCAGAAUGCCAGAAAACAAUUGCAUCUCUUGGAAGACAGCUCCAAUCACUGGCCACAUUGGAAGAUUUCUUGACAGACACUGUAAACCUCCAAGGAUUCUCCGCUGCUGGUGUGGACCCCUGGAAGAUGCAUCUGGACGAGUCGUUUAACCAGAAACUCGAUUCAGAUCCUCUGGAAAUUCCAGACCAAAAUUCUAGCCAUUCUAUGAACGGAAACUACGAGGAAUCGCCAGCAUCUUCUUCAUCAUCAUCAACUUCAUCAGCAAAUCAUGUCAGCAAUGCUAGAGGAAGGAAUGGCUUCGGCAAGUUGUUUUCUAGGAGCAAGAGCAGAACCCAACUCUAAAUUCAAUUUCUAUAGGUUGUGGUAAAUCUCAUGAAGAACACUGUUUUGUACUUGUGAAUUGGUUAAAGCCAUUUUAGCUAUCAUUUGUUCUAUCAUUAGCAGUAGCUUCAAUGUGCUUCCAUAGUCUGUCCAAGAACCUUGGAAUCCAGUAAGGUAUUCAAAUCUUGAAUAGUGAUACCAAAUGUAGCUUAUUAGUUAUUACCCAUGGAGUGUGGAUAAGAGGAUAUCGAUUUCUUCUA